AUGUAUAACUUUAAUUCAGAAAAUGGAAUUCCUCAAUUACUAUUAUAUGCUGGGUUGAUUCUUCCAAUGAUUCUCUUAUUACUUAUAGGUGCUAUGAUGUUUGUUUGGACAAAAAUACACAUAAAUUACAAAUUUAUCUUUGAAUUUAAUCCAAGAAAUAAUUUGGACUUUCGUGAAUAUAUCGAG